CGGAGCUGCAGAGGGAGAUACCGGGGGGGACUACCUCCACUUUGCCUCCUGGCUGGGAGCGCUCCACUCCUAGACAAGGAGAAAUAAAGGAAUUAACCAAGAAUCAGCACUACAUACAAUGUAUGGGGAGAAGGCAAGGCGAGAACAAAAAUGUAUGCAAUUUCUUCCUAAUAUAUAAUUUCUUGGAGUAUAGAACGGCAAUUUUAAAUAUAUAUACUUGUUUUAGCAUAUUGUGGACACCAUUCUCCUAGGAGGUUAUGUGACAGAGAAGCGCGAUGUGAAAAACACUUAAAAGGAUUAUGGAGAAAUGCCGGCAUCCAGAUUUUUAAUGCUCCUGGACAAAUUACUUACGUUACAUUUAUAUGAAAACGCUGAAAAAAACUUCGCAAGUGUUUUUUUUUAAAGUUUGUAUUAUUGAUAAAUACGCCGUUUCAAGUGUGACCCACCUCUGAAUUAAUAAUAUAAGGAUACUUUCUGCAUUUCAGCACUAUUGAAGGGAUAGUUCCAGUUUGACAACAUGCAAAUUUGCAUGGAGAGAAUGAAACAGAGAUAAAUAAAAUAUUUGGUCAAAAACGUUUUUUAAAACGUUUUGGAUUCGCACUUUAUGUUAAAAAAUAUCCGACUAAUACCAAAUCUCCCCUAAUUUCCAAUAAAAAUGUUGCAGGAAUUGCAAGAAAAAAAUGUUUUUUUUUUGUUUUGUUUUUUUUUACUCAUUUCAAAACGAGAGGAUUUACGAAAGAUGAAACUGAAGAUCCAGUUUUACCCAAAAAUCUUUUUCUGCGGUAUCACCUACCCGGAAAAUUAAAGCGUAUGUUUCCUAAAGAAGUUCACAUUAACUCCGACUGGGUGCAAUAUGGGGCGCGAUUUCGUCACCCUGAAAAUAGUACUCCUCUGUGGUUUUCUUCUAUGUAAAUCAAUAUUCUGCCUCGAGAAGACCCACUCACACGCGGAGGACGAGCUCUUCAAAAAGCUCUUCGUCGGCUACAACAAAUGGUCCAGGCCUGUGCCGAAUAUCUCUGACGUGGUAAUCGUUAAGUUUGGGCUCUCUAUAGCCCAACUCAUAGACGUGGAUGAGAAGAAUCAGAUGAUGACAACCAAUGUGUGGCUGAAGCAGGAAUGGAAUGAUUAUAAACUACAGUGGAAGCCGUCAGAUUACGACAACGUGACAUCGAUCCGGGUUCCCUCCGAGCUUAUCUGGGUCCCCGAUAUCGUCCUGUACAACAAUGCGGAUGGGGAAUUUGCUGUGACGCACAUGACCAAAGCGCAUCUCUUCUACACUGGAUUGGUCCGCUGGGUGCCGCCGGCCAUCUACAAGAGCUCCUGCAGCAUCGACGUCACCUUCUUCCCCUUCGACCAGCAGAACUGCAAGAUGAAGUUCGGCUCCUGGACUUACGACAAAGCGAAGAUUGACCUGGAGCGCAUUGAGAACACGGUGGACCUGAAGGACUAUUGGGAGAGCGGGGAGUGGGCCAUCAUAAAUGCUGUAGGCACCUACAACACCAAGAAGUACGACUGCUGUCAUGAGAUCUACCCAGACAUCACCUACUACUUCAUCAUCCGCCGACUACCCCUCUUCUACACCAUCAACCUCAUCAUCCCUUGCUUGCUGAUCUCCUGCCUAACUGUGCUGGUCUUCUACCUGCCUUCAGACUGUGGGGAGAAGAUCACCCUCUGCAUCUCAGUGCUGCUGUCCCUCACCGUCUUCCUCCUGCUUAUCACCGAGAUCAUCCCUUCCACCUCGCUGGUCAUCCCACUCAUCGGGGAGUACCUCCUGUUCACCAUGAUCUUCGUCACCCUCUCCAUCGUGAUCACUGUCUUUGUGCUGAACGUGCAUCACCGUUCCCCCAGCACCCACAAGAUGCCCCACUGGGUGCACUCGGUCUUCCUGGAGUUCAUUCCACGGUGGCUCUUCAUGAAAAGGCCCGUCCCGGACGAGAGGCGUCGCCGGCUGCUGCAGCACCGGACCCAGCCCCGAUGCCGGAAUGUCCACCUGAGUACUUCCAAAAGCUGGCUGCAGGAGACGGACGUUGGCGGGCGCUGCAGCGAUGUGGAGCUGGGCGCCCUGGCCCCCUUGCAUCUCGCCUCGCCUCGCCAGCGUGCUUACAGCCCGCUACUCCACAAGCAGAACCUCCAGUCUCGGCUAGAGGGUGUAGCAAGGCAGCUGGGGGGAAGGGUCGACCCCAACAAACGCAGCUUCAAGAUUGACAACUUGGUGUCGGACGCCACUCUCGCGCUCUCCCCCAGUGUCGUCCGCGCUCUGGAAGGGGUGCACUACAUCGCAGAACACCUAAGAGCAGAGGAUGCCGACUUCUCUGUGAAGGAGGACUGGAAAUAUGUCGCCAUGGUGAUCGACCGCAUCUUCCUGUGGAUGUUUAUCAUCGUCUGCCUGCUAGGCACCAUCGGACUCUUCCUGCCUCCUUGGCUGGCAGGCAUGAUUUAGACCCACGUUCCACCCUGCAUCACAGACUCAUGCGGGCGUUUCCCAAACCGGGAAGCCGACCAUGAAUCCUUAGAAGUAAAACAAUCCGGUUUUUCAGUGAGGGCACACCUUAAAUCAGAUGGGGGGUUCUUGUUUACCUGGUAGUUUGCCAAGACCUAUUUCUCUCUAUCCAAAAAUCACACUGUGGCUGGGAUUUACACGCGCAUAGUAUAUGUUAUUUUUAAAAGCUGCCAUGUACUGUAUAAUAAAAGAUUACCAAAUGA